AUGAUUUCAAGAGUGUAACACGAAAAACCAAAAAAAGUAGGAAUAUAUCAAACCGGAGAUAUGAUAGGAAAAGGAGCAAUAGGAACAGUAUAUAAAGGAUUAAAUAUUGAAACAGGUUAGACAGUAGCAAUAAAACUAGUAUCUUCAUUAAACAUAAAAGAAGAGCAAAGAAAAUCAAUUACUGGUGAAAUGAAACUAUUAAAAAAAUUAAAACAUGAAAACAUUGUUAAAUACAUAGACUUUGUAUAAACAGAAUUUCAUUAUGCAAUAGUAUUAGAAUAUGUAGAAUCAGGAUCACUAUAUACCAUAAUAAAAAAAUUUGGUCCUUUUUAGGAAUCUUUAGUUGCAAUAUAUAUAAAAUAAGUCUUAAAAGGUUUAGAAUAUUUACAUUCAUAAGGGAUAGUACAUAGAGAUAUAAAGGGGGCAAAUAUACUAACAACAAAAGAUGGAGUUAUAAAAUUAACUGAUUUUGGUGUUGCUACUCAUUUAGCUGAUGAUGAAAAAAAUCAAAAAUUUGUAGGAACUCCUUAUUGGAUGGCUCCAGAAGCAAUUGAUAUAGGAGGGCAUAUUACUACUAGUUGUGAUAUAUGGUCUUUAGGAUGUACAAUAAUUGAAUUACUAACUGGAAAUCCUCCUUAUAGUGACUUAUGAUAAUAUCCAGCAUUGUUUAGAAUGGUUGAAGAUUAACAUCCCCCUCUCCCCGAAGAUAUAUCGUAGGAAUGUACUGAUUUUUUAUUAAAAUGUUUUGAAAAAGAGCCUAGUUAAAGAAUAGAUGCUAAAGGCUGUUUAAAACAUGAAUGGUUGAAUA